AUGUCUGUAAAGCUGCGAGAGUUCAUUCGCCAGGUUCGGGCCGCCCGGACAGCAGCAGAGGAGAGAGCUGUGGUAGCCAGAGAAUGUGCACGGAUAAGAACAAACUUUAAGGGUGACUCCGCAGCAAGCGCAGGGUUGACGGAGCUGCUGGCUUACGUCGCCACGAACACCGACGGAACGAAAAACGCAGGGAAUUGCGUUCUCUAUGAAUGUGUGCGCACCAUCGUUUCUCUAGAAGCAGAUCAAGGGUUGAGAGUACUAGCUGUAAAUAUCCUGGGCCGUUUUCUCUCCUCGCGAGAACCAAACCUAAAAUAUGUGGCUCUGGAUACACUGCAGCAGCUGCAGCAAAAGGAUGCAGCAGCUGUUAUGAAACACAGGGAAACUCUCCUUGAAUGCCUCAAGACGGCGCUGUAUUGCGUGGGGGAGUUUGGGGAGCUGCUGACUGCAGCAGACAAGUCUCAUUUGCUGUCGAGCCAGCAGCAGCUGCUGCAGCAGCAGCUGCAGCAGCAGCAGCAGCAAGAUCCUGCUGCUGCUGCUCUUGCAUUAACUGCUGCUGAUGUUGUUGAUACCCUCGAGCACAUCUGCCGCGCGCUGCAUGGAGGCCAGAACAGGGCCGGGAGGAAUGCAACAGCAGCAGCAGCAACAGCAACAACAGCAGCAGCAGCAGCAGCAGCAGCUGCUGCUGCUGCUGCUGCUGCGAGCGGCUCCUCUGGUGUUACUGAGUCCCUCAUGACGUGCCUAGCGAAGCUUGCUGCCAAGCUGCCUGAACAGACGGCGCUGUAUUGCGUGGGGGAGUUUGGGGAGCUGUUGACAGCAGCAGACAAGUCGCAUUUGCUGUCGAGCCAGCAGCAGCUGCUGCAGCAGCAGCUGCAGCAGCAGCAGCAGCAAGAUCCUGCUGCUGCUGCUCUUGCAUUAACUGCUGCUGAUGUUGUUGAUACCCUCGAGCACAUCUGCCGCGCGCUGCAUGGAGGCCAGAACAGGGCCGGGAGGAAUGCAACAGCAGCAGCAGCAACAGCAACAACAGCAGCAGCAGCAGCAGCAGCUGCUGCUGCUGCUGCUGCUGCUGCGAGCGGCUCCUCUGGUGUUACUGAAUCCCUCAUGACGUGCCUAGCGAAGCUUGCUGCCAAACUGCCUGAACAGCGGGACCGGCUGCUGCAGCUGCUGCAGUCUUUCAACAGCAGCAGCAACGUGGAGGUGCAGCAGCGCAGCACAGAAUUUGCUGCUCUGCUGCAGUCGCCAGACUGGCAGCCUGAGGACUUGAGUGCUCUCUUUGGGCGCAUGCCGCCGCCGCCGCUGCCGCCGCAGCAGCAGCAGCAGCAGCAGCAAAGGCCCGUUGGAGAGGUAUACUUUGAUCUAGCUGAUCUACCCCCUGAGCCAGAAGCAGCAGCAGCAGCAGCAGCAGCAGCAGAUGCAGCAGCAGAAGGUUUAUUGACUGAUGCGAAGCAACAAACUGCCAAUGGAACUGCAGGGGCUCAACUGCUGGAGCUAGAUGACCUCCUUGGCCUCGCGGCGUCUCCAGCUGCCCCCACGGCAUCUCCUCAUCCCGUUGCUGCCAGCAGCAGCAGCAGCAGCAGCAGCAGCAGCAGCAGCGGCGGCGGGGGUUUGGAUCUGCUGGCGGACUUGCUGGCGGGCGCCGCCGUCUCCUCUCCUACGGGCAACCACAAAGCAGCAGAGCAGCAAGGGGCAGCAGCAGCAACAGCAGCAGCAGUACCAGCAGCAGCACCAGCAACAACAGGGGCCCCUACAACAGGUGCAGACCCGUUUGCUGGCUUGAUUGACCUCGCGAACCCUGUGACAGCAGCAGCAGCAACACAACAGGUGCAGACCCGUUUGCUGGCUUGA